UAAUAGAAUUGAAAGCUUGCAAAAAAUUGGGAUAUUGUUAAAAUAAUAUCUUAACUAACAUCUUACUGAGUUUGUUUGCUUUUGAAGUUAAAGCAUCUUCUUCCAACUUCUUACUAAGACUUUUCAAUUCGUUUUUAUUGAUACAGUUAAUUUUAGAGUAUUACAAUAAAAUUUAAUAUGCAGUCAUAGACUUUUCAUUUUAAUACUUUUCCUCCAAAUUUCAGACAAAAGAUUCAAAAAGUUUUACCAAAGUUUUACCAACAUUAUUUUCCUGCGAGAAGAAUUUGCUAGAUUCUGAGAGCCAGGCUAUCCUUUCCUUAUUCCCUCAAAGCUCCCACAUCUCCCGUAAGAUCACCUCAAAAAAUGUUCCCACCUUUUUGCUGCCAACCAAAUUAUAAGAUAAUUUAAUUUGAUGUUGCAUUGCUGAACUACUGCAGUGAAUAUUUGCCACAUUACAAAGCUGUUGCAUGUUCACAGAGAACAAGAACUGUAUAGAAACGACAAAGAAAGAAGCAAAUUAUUUUGUGGCAAAUCUUCUCUGUCUUGUGGUGCGUUUUUGUGUGUGUUAUGUUUUUGUGUUACGUUUAAAAGUCCUGCACGAUUUUGCAUGCUGAGCACACAAGUAAGCUGUGCGUUUCUUUUUCCUUUUUUUCAGACCAAAAUAUAUUUUGCAUAAUUUCUGUAUAAUUUUCUGCUGUUUUUCCAUCUUGAAGAAAAAAAAAUCCUUUCUACGAUAUCUGUCAUGCAUGAGAUUGAAUUGAAUGUUUUCUUUGAGUUCUUUUGAACAAGUAAAUUUAAGUUGUUUUCGUUUAUUGUAUUUUGCCAUUUCCAUUUUUGAUUUGUGCAUUGUAUUUUGUGCAUGAUUGCAUGUGUAUUGAGUUUUUUUUGUAAUAUUUUUGUGUAUGUAGAUGAUGUAAUGAAUAUGCAUGGUUUGAUUUGCAUGAAUUUUUUUAAACCCCCUACCUCCUGGGAAUUGAGAAAAAAAAUGAAAAUCUGCAUGUGACCUGCAUGUGACAAUCAUGUGACAGACAUGUGAUGCCCACACACCUUGCAUGAAUUGUGCAUUUGAAUAGCAUGAGUUUCCAAAAGUUCAGUUUCUGUUCAUAAACAAAUGUUCAUUGUAUUGUGACUGUUUGGCAGUUAAGCAUCUCAGAAAUUAUCAACUUGUUUGGUUAAAAUGGCAGUAUAUUUGUUUUGUUCAGAAAAAAAAGAAGACGUAAAAUUGGCAUCAUGAAUCGAAAACAAAAUCAUCCAAUCAAUUCUAAAGACAAUUUUUGGAAUGUUAAAAAAGAAUUGCAUUGUAAAUUCUGUACUCAAAUUCAUAAUCCGAGUGCAAUUGGCCCAUUUUAGGACCCGCCCCAUUUAUAUCAAACCACUAAUAAGUUUCAGUUAAUGGCGUGGAGUGAACUACACUUAACCUUUGUAAACCCUUCUCUGAUUGGAUAAAAGUAACCUGAUUCUCAAGCAGGUCAGCCAAUCAGCAGUCUCCUUACUGUAUUUUUUAUUAACUCUAAAAUUUGCAUGCUGAUAUUUUUUGAAUAUUAAACAGUCACUUGUGAUGAUCCAUCUUGAUUAGAAUAAAUGAAAUUCAAGAAAUAUCCAAUUGUUUGUGAAAUUUAUUUUUAACUGUUAUACUCAGCACUUUGAAUGUGAUCUUUCCACACACACAAAUCUUUCGUGUGGGGAUUGUGUGGGAAUUACUGGAUUCUCUUUCAGUGCUAAAUAGCGGUUUGGGGGAAUUUUUUUUUAAAGAUUUUUAUUUCAGCUGUUGAUUUUAAAUACUCCAUUGUUGUUGCAAUGAAGUUUGGAAAUGUUGGCCAAAUGGUCAGAUUUUUCACAUGCACAAAAGUUAAGUCACUGAAAGUGAAAAAAAAAUACAAAUUAAUUUCAAAUAUCCCCUUUUAUGUCAUUGGCCUUGUAACUUCCAAAAUUAACAUAUUGUAUAGCAAGAUGGAUCAUCCCAACCAGUGUUUCUUUUCGUUGUUAUUUCUGUUGAUUUUUAGUCACUUUCCCAAUGCAACUCUCUUUUAAGUUUUUAUUUGAAUUUAGAGGGAUGUUUCUCCAAGAAUCUGGCUUCCCGUCAUGUGACUAGUCCGUUCCUGGUCAUGUGACCACUUCCUUUCACCCUUCCUCUGCGUGCGGAUCAGGACUGUGGUACUUGGUGAUUUUAAAACACCCCCCCCCCCCCGAAAAAAAAGUUCCCCUUGUCAUCACUUCACUUUCCAACCUGAAACCUUUCCAUUUCAACAUGUCACCUUUACCCUCAUGUUGUUCUGAUUCUUUUUCUAUUUGUCACUUUUUUGUCUAUUUUGAAUCGACUCUCCAGGAUGAAAAAUAACUGAAAAAAAGACUGCAGUCUAAAACAAAGAAAACAAAUUGCCUGAUAAAGUUACUUUCAUUUACUUUUUCUACUUUUGACCGUUUUAGCUACGAAACUGAUCAGGUUUCUGUCCGAAAUUUUCAAAAAGAUGCCAUUUUUCACUGCGUUUCGGAACAUCAUAUCAAACAUACUCUUGGCAGCAUUGUAAUGCGCAUUUCACGUUGCACCAUCUUGGUCAAGUUUCCAGAGGUCACUGUGUAGAUCAUGAGUGGGGUCUAUACAUCAUAAGGCACCAGUCUACCUAACCUCUCUCUUUGUUUCCCUUGCCCUUCCUUUGAAUGUUUGGUUGGUUUUGUUGUUUCCCGGACUUGCCUGUGUUCAUCAUUUUACCCUUUUGUCUACCAACACCAUGCCUGUCCAUGUCAUUGCUUGUUAGUUUUACGAAAAAGAGAAAAAGUGCAGUGGGAUUGAGAAAAAAAAAUAGUUGUGAAAGUGUGAGAGUGAGUGUGAGGGUUUUUAAAUUUAAAAAAAAAUAUCUGCAUCCAAAAAAAAUCUGAAGUUAAAAAGAUCUUAACUGUUCUUUUAGGAGGUUGUUACUGAAAUUUGUUUAAGGACUUAAUUUAGGAAAUACUCAAAUCUAACAAAGUAUUGCAACAAAGUGCUGGUAUACCCAUUCACAGUUGGGUGACGUGGUGUCAAAAAACAUCUGGAGAAAAGAACAUUGAUAUUGCAUUUAUUUGGCACGCUGGUAAAUGAAUGUUCUUCAAAAAUCCCAUAGUGAAAAUUCACAUGUUUGACUUUUAAUGACUUUUUAAACACCAAGGCUAGUUUCAUCACAAUUCGAAGUUGAGUUGUUAAAAGUUUACACUGACAUGGCAUUAAAAAAACAAUAAUUACAAAGUUAUCCUGUGUGCUUGUACUUAUUUACUUGAUUUUAACCACGAAAAAAUGUGAUCAACAACUGAAGAAAAAAAACCCGACGAUACAACAGAAGAUGAAUCAAAGAGUGCUACAGUGACGUUGAGAAAAACCUGCCCAAAAAUCUUGAUUGUAUGUGGUCCACAGGGGGCAUUGUCGAGUCCGAACUGGCUUCUGAUUUGUCAUUUUCAAUCGGGUCUUCGUUCGUGGAGCCCUUGUUGCCGUGCCCUCAUCUGAGCGAGAUUUAUAUGCACGGCGAGACGUGGCAAUAUGACGAUUGCACAACUUGCACUUGUGACAAUUCGACAACUAAAUGCGUGAUAGAAAGCUGCCAGGACCUGCCCUGCACUGAUCGUAUAUUUGUUGAUGGCGAGUGCUGCGGAAAAUGCCCGUUUUAUGCUAUUAUAACCAGUCUAAGCCCUGUACUCAGUGGGUUGAGGCCCUUCGUGACUGAGGGAAACACUCGUCGAGUACAGCUGAACAUGGACGUGGGAUUCGUGAAUUCCGAUGAUACCACAACAAUCCGCGGCAAAAGACUCUGGCAGCUAAGCACGUGGAUCAGCCGUGACCCCCGAGGCGAGGGGCCACAAAUCGCAUUCGUCGAGCAAGUCUUAACCGUGGACCAGCAGGCCACGACGCUGUUGAAAAGGAGUCCCUUCCGGUUUCGCAACAUCAACUACGCGGCGGACUUGGUUGGUGAGACAUGUGCAGUGGUCAAAUACAUCUGCGUGAGGUUUGCCCAAGAACCAACGGCAAAUCCAAGUUUCUUUUUCAGUGCCGAGCCUGACGAAGAGGUGUUGACUGAAUGUAUUCUUGCACCACCUUGCCAAGGUGUUGUUGCAAGAGGUCUAACCUGGAAUUACAGAGCCAGCACCGUCAUCGCGGGACAGGCCAACCCCCUCUUCAUCAUGGCGACGGCUCACUUCAUGGAAACGAGUCGCAGCGUGUCGGGCACGGGGCUGUGGCGCCUUGGCAUCUUCGGCAGCCGGAGCGAAUUCGGCUACGGCGAGCGAUUCAACUACGUGAAUCAGACCCUAAAAGCCGUGGAUGCCAACAAGCCACUGGUGCCCGGCACGUCGGCUGACAUCAAGUACGCAGAGGCCAUGGCGUACUUUGAUAUCGCCGCAAUCGGCUGCAACGGUUUCAAUUAUGCCUGCAUGGAAUUGACAAAAGGGGACAACGCAGAGCCCGAUUUCACAUUUUCAGUGUUUGAUGACCGCGAGGGUGAUGAUAUUUUUACAGUGUGCGAGAUGGCGACUUGCAGAGCAGUGUCACAAAUUCGUGAGGUCAACACAGAGCUUAUAAUGGGAUCGAUAGUAGACAACAGACCAGUCAACCCAUUCAGCAUCACGAUGGAGGUCUCGGGCGACAAUGUCGGUGCAGCGGGCAUGGACCUGUGGCGCGUCAGCGCUUUCGGCUCAAACUCGCCCCAAGGUCUCGGCCCGAAACUGAACUACCAGACUCAGGUUCUGAGCGAGGAGCAGCAAGAUAUUACACUGGAGCUGCUGCGGCCUAUGCACCUUGGCGCCAUCAACUUCAACUUUGACAUGACCGGGUUGACGUGCCUUGAGGUCAGUUACAUCUGCUUGACAUUUAACAAACUGGAAGAAUCAACAACUGUUUUCAGUUUGAACCCUGUUACUGAAGAGGUCCUCACUAAUUGCAAACCUACGGAAUGUGAUGCUGUGUUUGCACGCCAUUUGUCAUGGGACCAUGAAUCUGAACAAGUAACGCUAGGCCUGAAGAGCCCCAUCACCAUAAGCAGCAUGGUGGAAUUCACACCGACCGGUAAAAACGUCAGCGGAACAAACCUCUGGAAGCUGUCACUGUUUGGCAGUAAAAACAAGCAGGGGACCGGGGAUCGAUUCACACCAAUUGAACAGCUCCUAACUGAUUCACAAACGGCCAUGACAAUGCGCUCAGGGUCGCCACUUCAUUUUGACGAUUUGAGAACCGAGUUUGACGUGGGUUGGUUAGGAUGCGGAGAAUUCCAGUUCCUCUGCCUUGAGUUUGCCCGCGGGGACAAUCCUGAACCCGAGUUCCAUUUGCUGUAUGAGACGAACACAACUUCUUUGGUUACUUGUAAACGGAGCACUUGUGAAUCAGUUUUGAACUUGGAAAACUUUCAAGUCGAGCUUGUGAGGGGCUCUGUCGUGGAUGGUAGCCCCACCAACAGAUUUGUCCUACGCAGCUCCAUGCUCAGCCCAGACCUCGGUAUCUCUGGAGAUGACCUCUGGCAAAUGACUGCCUUUGGGAGCCGUAAUGCAGACGGCGUCGGCCAAAGGUACUACGAGCAAGCACAGGUCCUAGAUCGUGUCCAACAGGACAUGGGGGUGGAAACAGGCCAGGAGCUGAACUUUGACCCCAUAAGGUUGAACUUUGACAUGACCCGGCUCAGCUGCCGGGAUGUGAGAUACCUCUGUCUGACGCUGGAGAAGAAUCCGAGUUCCUCAGUUGAUUUCUCGCUGAGUGCAGAAGAUGGGCUGACCAGAUGCGUGGAAGUUGAAUGUGAAGGUGUUUUUGCCAGAAGUUUAAACUGGCAGUACCGUCCAGUGAGUGUCACUCUUGGCCAAGACAGCCCCCUCGUAAUUAAUGCCACCGUACAAAUGACUGACCUGGGCAGCACCUUGUCUGGCUCAAACCUGUGGCAACUGGGCAUCUUCGGCAGCAAGUCCGCCACAGGCGAGGGGCCGCGCUACAACCGUCAGAAACAAAUACUGAGCAGACGGCAGGCCCGGCUGGAGUACAGUCCCCUCGGUUCCCAGCUACGCUUUGACCAGACAGGAACGACUUUCGACAUAGGGGCCAUCGGCUGUUCCGAGUUCACUCACCUCUGUUUGGAGUUUGGCAAAGCGGAGUCACCCAGACCACAGUUUCCGUUCUUCACAGAAGAUGGAGCAUCAACCCUAGUUCAGUGUCAGGAGAGAGCCUGUUCAGCCAAUGUCGGCAUCAAGCCACUUUCUACCAGACUGCGUCAGGGAUCCAUUGUUGACAAUCGGCCCAUCAAUCGGAUCCGAAUGGAUGCAUCCACACAGAGUGUAGAUCUUGGCGUUGCCGGAAACAACCUCUGGCGUUUAUCAACCUUUGGGAGCAGCAACAACAAUGGAACAGGAACGCGAUACGGAGAACAGCUCCAAGCGCUGAAUCAGAGACAGCGGGGCACGACUCUCCCGCCCGACGGCGGUGAGUUGGACUUCGGAUCAAUAGAGUUCAACUUUGACAUGACAGAGAUGGGCUGUGCCGAAGUGAGGUUUAUGUGUAUGUCUUUCAGUCGCGAUCCUGGUGCAAGCCUCGAGUUUACGUUGAUUCCCCAGCCAGAGAGUGCGCUCACCAGCUGCCAACCGUUAGAUUGUGAAGGUGUUUAUGCAGAGAGUCUGUCGUUCGAUCUCGAAACCCCUGAGCUAAUCCUCGGCCAGAAAAGUCCAGUCAUCGUUCAUGCCAACGUCACAAUGUCCGACAUCAGUGCCGACGUUUCCGGCGAGCAGCUCUGGAAACUCAGUCUCUUCGGCAGCCAGAACCCUGACGGUCAGGGCGAGCGGUUCGGCACCAGCUCGCAGAUCCUGAGCGAAGAACUCGAAGGUCUGGACUACGAGCGAGGCAGUCCGUUGGUCUUUCCUGAAAGCAUCAGCCUGUUCAACAUCGGCGCCAUCGGCUGUAAGAAAGGGAUGUACGUUUGCUUAGAAUUUGGCCAGACCAAUCGACCCAGACCACAGUUCCACUUUUUCACAGUCACCGGGGAGCCCACGUUGAUAACAUGCCAAGAAAGAAGUUGUGAAUCAGCAAUUAGAUUCAAUCCACUGCAAACCACACUCAUCUCAGGCUCAGUAGUCGACGACCGCACACAGAAUCGCAUACAGAUGGGUGUGUCCAUCGACGGCAGUACAGUAGGAAUGACCGGAAGUCGUUUGUGGGAACUCUCCACCUUUGCAAGCAGUAACCCCGACGGCUCAGGCAAGAGAUACCUAGAGAGGCAGCAAGUCCUGAAUGGCGCACAGGCCGACUCGGCACUACUCCCGGGUCAACCCUUGAAUUUCGGAAACGUGGACUUCAAUUUUGACAUGACGGGUCGAGGCUGCGGAGAGGUCCAGUAUGCCUGCGUUACCCUCCAGCGGAACCCGCGGGCAUCCAUCGAGUUUGACAUCGAGGCACAGCCCGAUGAAAGUGCGCUCACAAGUUGCCAACGGCUAGAUUGUGAUGGCGUUUUCUUUGAAUCAAUGAACUGGCUGUAUGAAACCGAUCCAGUGAUGCUCGGUGAGGAGACGGGAAUGGACGUUCACGCCAUGAUUCAGAGCAAAGCAGGCACACGGGACGUCCAAGGGGAGGGCCUGUGGCAGCUCAACCUCUUCGCAAGUCGCAACCCGGACGGUAGUGAAGACCGACUCGGUCUAAAGCGGCAGAUCCUGGAUGAGCAGACGGCCAGCCAGCCUCUAGAGGGCAGCACACCGCUCAAUCUGCUCAACGUCCGGACAGCGUUCGACUUGAGCCGAGUCGGUUGCUCCGAGUACCUUUACCUGUGCCUUGAGUUUGCCAGGGGUAGGAUUCCCAAUCCGCCGUUUUACAUGUUCACAACGGCUGGCACCCCGACCCUCAUCAGCUGCCAAACUCAGCCCUGUCAAUCAGCUGUUGAUAUUGUUGAUGUUGCAUCCACACCUGUUAUCGGUGAUGUCGUUGAAGAGCGCCCCCUCAAUCUCUUGACGUUCAACCUGACGGCCUUUUCGUCGCCGUCCUCGGUGGGUCUCGCUGGUUCAAACUUGUGGCGGGUCACCGUCUUUGGCAGCAACAGCCGUCAGGGAGAGGGUCCCGAAUUGAACCCACAGGAGCAGGCUCUUGCAGGCAGCCAGGCCGACAUGGAUCUGAAGCCCGGCGGACGGGUCGAGUUCGGCCCGCUGAAUGUGAACUACAACAUGCUUGGUGUGGAUUGCACGUCCAUCAGCUACGUCUGCGCCCGCCUCGGCAAAAACCCCUCGGCGAGUGUGGAUUACACGCUCCAAGCCACGCCAGAUGAAAGUGUGUUAACACAAUGCCAACCUGUGAAUUGCAGAGGUGUUUUAGCAGAGUCUCUGACUUGGGGCUAUAAUGCAAGGAAUACAAUCAUCAACCAGCCAAGUCCAAUCACCGUCGACGCCACUGUCGACAUGUCCGACAGUCGGCAACUCUCUGGCUCGGGGCUGUGGCGUAUGGGUCUAUUCGCCAGCCAGAAUGGUGACGGCACUGGCCCCCGCCUCAACUACACGGAGCAGAUACUGGAUGCAAGAGCAGCCGGGACUCCCCUCGCCACGAACUAUCCGCUGUCCAUCGGCGGUGUGCAGACAGAGUUUGAUAUCGGCUCGCUGGGCUGUGCUGAGUUCACGCACCUCUGCGCCGAGUUCAGCCAGGGCGAGAAUCCUUCACCGGGAUUCAAAUUUGAGGUUUCUGGCAGUGGGGAAAUGAUCACCAAAUGCAUGGAAGUGGAAUGUGCUGCAGAUGUGACAUUAAGUGGCCUGUCUGCUGUGUUGACCAAUAAUAAAGUUAAGGAAGGCUCCGGUAACCAGUUUAGACUUCAAGUUCGAGCUACCCCAGGCAGGGAUACAAAAGGCGUGGCAGGGUCUGGACUGUGGCAGCUGUCUGCCUAUGUGACUUCUGAUCCUUCGUCGGAUGAGAAGCUGGCCCUGCGGACGCAGACACUCACUCUGCAACAGGAGGAUCUGACUCUCCAACCGAGACAGAUCCUGGACUUUGGCAACGUAGAGUACAAGCAUGACCUGACUGGUGUCCAGUGCAGUCAGACUGGCUACUUGUGCGUCGAACUUAACAAGGGACCCUCACCGAGUACGACGUUUAAUCUUCUAACUGUGCCUGAAGGAAGCCCACUAAAGGCCUGCAAUCCUCUGCAGUGCAAAGGCGUACAAGUGGACCGCAUUGAUUGGUCCUACGAAGCUUCCAAUGUCAUUCCCGGCAAGCAGACACCAUUUGCAAUUCAAGCAAGUAUCUCAAUGACCGAAGAUACCCGCGAACUUAGCGGCAAAGGUCUGUGGCGGCUCGGUCUGUUUGGGAGCCGUAACCCAGACGGCUCUGGAGAGAGACACGACUACGUCAGACAGACACUAAACCGUGAUCAGUCUGGCAGCCCGAUCACAUCAGGAGGCAAUGUAGACCUGGCAGAUAUAAAUACCCAGUUUGAUGCCGGGACAGUUGGGUGCACCGACUACCAAUACAUUUGUCUAGAGGUUGCCAAAGGCGAUACGGCCGAUCCAGAUUUCACCUUCGGAGUGACAAACCACAGGAGCGAUUCGACUGCUGAAGAAAUGGUGUCCUGCAAGAAAGCUCCCUGUGAUGCACGAGCGGAGUUUAUCAACCUGAACGCAGCUCUAACAGACAACAAUCCCAUCUUGGAAGACAAUCGAGACAAUGAGGUCUACAUGUCUGUCCUGGCUCUUGCCAGUCUCCAGAGCAGCGCCAUCAUGGGCGAGAACCUGUGGCAGCUAAAAGCUUACCUCUCAUCAGACGAGAACGGCAGAGGCCGCCAAUAUGCCCUCCAGCCUCAAAUCCUCACCUCAUCAGAACAGAGGAACGAACCACUGGAAGCGGCCGGCGAUUUGAGCUGGAUGGACCUGCGGGUUCCACUGGACAUGUCAGGCUUGGAAUGUUCCAAGACACCCUAUCUGUGCCUGACGUUGGAGAAGAAUGACAAGUCCACAAUGGACUUCACUGUGGUUGGCAUUCCGGAUGAUGACGUCCUGAAUGACUGCAUCGACAUCACAAGCAGAUGUGAAGGGGUGGUUGCCACGGAGCUGGAAUGGAGCCAUGAGGUAGGCGACUUUAUGGCAGGUCAGCCGGCCUCACUUAGUUUGGACGUCGCUGUGAAAACCACAGACAAGAGCCGUGAUGUGGAAGGCCUGAGGCUGUGGCGCCUGGGUCUAUUCGGCAGCCGGCAGGCAAAUGGUGGGGGUCCGCGUCUGGCUAACGUGGACCAGAUUCUAGACCCCUACCGCCAAGCUACACAGCUGACAGGCGGCACCCCGCUACAAUUCACUGACAUCCCGGCCAGUUAUGAUCUGGGCCAGCUGGGCUGCUCCGACUACCAGUUCUUGUGUCUGGAGUUUGAGAAGGCUGAUACGGCUCAGCCCGAUUUCGCCUUCAAGAUUUUGUCUGGGGAGGAGACUCUGGUAUCAUGCAAACCUCAGCCUUGUCGGGGAAUUUAUCUGACUGGGUUGACCAGUACCCCGGGUGCUAUUGAACUCCGAGAAGGUAGCUCGACCAACACAAUUGAGUUCACGUCAGAAGCCACCAGCUCGCCUUUGGGCGGGGGCGUGCAGGGCGCCAACCUGUGGCGCAUGGCGGUCUAUGGCAGUGGUCAGCCUGAUGGCAGGGGCCCACGCUAUGGCUUCCAAUCCCAAGCCCUGACAGGAUACCACCGAAGCUUGCCGCUUGCGCACGCCGGCGACCCAAUCGAGUUCCAGUCCGUCGCAGUGGACUUUGACAUGAGGGGGGUCAAGUGUGCCAAUGUGAAACACUUCUGUACCGAGUUGAGCAAGGAUCCGGCAUCCUCACCAGACUUCCAGCUAAUGCCUGUGCCAAAUGACGAGGUUUUAACUAGCUGCUUUCCCGUACCAGCAAGAGCAUGCACAGGUCUAGUGUUGAGCAACAUGGACUGGACCAUGGAAAGCGGCAAGGUUGUGAACGACCAAAGCAAUGAUUUCUCCCUCAACAUUGAUGUGGACUCCCUGCCCGGCGGUGCCCAAGUCGCGGGUAGCCGGCUCUGGCGCGUUGGCAUCUUCGGUAGUCGCAAUGAAGACGGAACAGGAGACCGAUUGGGCUACCGGGCCCAGAUCCUCGACCGAAGGACAGCCUCGGCAAGUCUCACGCCAGGCUCGUACCUGCGAAUGACCGACGUACAGGCCCAGUAUGAUUUCAGUCGGUUGGGGUGCGAGCUGGAGUACCAAUAUUUCUGCGUCGAGUUUGCCAAAGGGGUCAAGGCGCACCCUGACUUCAAUAUGAGAGUACAAGGCCGGAGAGGAAACACGCUGGUCAACUGCAAGAUGGUCGAGUGUAAACAACCCAUAAAAAUUGGAAGGGUACAAACUCAAGAUGUCGGCAAUAAUGCCAAUUUGGUAGAGGGCAACCGCUACAAUCGGGUCAUGUUCACCCUAGACGCGGCUACAACCCCCGACAGCGGUUCCCUGACUGGUGACAGACUAUGGGCACUGACAGUCUUCGGGAGUCAAGACCCGACCGGCACAGGAAGGAAACUCAACCCCCAGAACUUGUACACCUUGUCCCGCUACCAAGAAAGCAAAGACGUCGAUGGUGGGCAGCCCAUCUUGUUUGGUUACGUCGACGUCAAUUACGACAUGACGGGUUUGUCGUGCACAGACGUCAAGUUCAUCUGCGCGAAGCUCAGGAAGCACGAUAAUCCCAGCCCCGAUUUUGAGCUGAUAGCUGUACCCGAUCCGAGGGUUCUAACCGACUGUUUCCAAGUGAAAUGUGAUGGUGUCAUUGUCGAGGGCACUCGUUUGGAACUGUCUGGAUCCAGUGAACUGGAUGUUGGCGUUAAUGAUCUCAACUUUGAUGUGUCAGUGGUGUCCAGCGGCAACGGUGCCGAAGUCAGCGGCAGAAACCUGUGGCGGGUAGAAUUCUUCACCGCCAGAAACAGGGAGGGAACCGAGGAAAAGAGCAUCAUCCAGAGCCAGACCCUGACCCCCCAGAUGGCCAGCCAGGACCUGCAGGCGGGCGCCAUCCUCAACUUCCGCAACCUGGCCGCCCGGAUCAACCGCGAUCAACUCGGCUGCCAACACGACAACUUCCUCUGCGUCAACCUGCAAAAAGCCGACCGGCCGUCCAAAGCCUUCACCCUGGAAGGGGCCUCCCCAGAGGCCCUGGUCCAUUGCCUCAAAGUCAGCUGCGUUAAAAAACGUUAGUUGGUGGCCUAGGAGUUUGGAAGAUAACUCCAUGUCGGUAGCCAGGACUAAGACUUGCUUGGUUGUUUUGCAAAGAAGUUUUCUAUUUAAAAGGAUGGUUGUUUGCAAUGCAUUGAAGAAAGUGUGUGAUCUGAACGUGGGUGGUCAUUUACAGAAUGCAAAAAUGCAGUUGGGAGUGGAGAGAAAGAGAUGUGUUUUCCCGAUUUUUAAUGGUCCCCUCGUUUCACUGUUUCAUCACAUUCCACAUUUAUUUGUUUUUUUCCCUCCCAUGUGUUUGUAAAGUAAUAUUCCUUGUACCACAUUCUCCUCAAAAUUGACAUCCUCCGACCCCUCUCCGCCAUAAGCUCAGAAAACUGGAAGCCAGAAUCUUGGAGAACUCGCUUCUGUAAUCCAUCUCAGUUCCUUUUUCUCAAAAAUUAACGUUCUUGAUAUCCCUUUCUGAUUUUGUUCCCUUCCGCUGGUGGCACUUUUCUAUCUUACUUCUGUGCUG